AAGUUUCAGCGAUUGUUUGGGUACCUGGGCUGUUCCAAGGCUGUUGGAGCUACCCAUUAUGCUAUGGUUUUGGAGAUGUUGCGGGAAAGUAGCCGGAAUGACAACUUGCACCAAAAUGAAUUAAGAAUGUGUUCCAAGGCGGUGAAAGGUUUCUUGGCAAGGCUUCAAGACCAUCCCGAUGAAGCGUCAGCAAUAUGUAAUCUGUACUUACCAGCGACGUUUCCUGAAUAUCUGUACCUACCAGCAAAGUUUCCAGAAACCGGCUCCUCUGAUAAGCCUCUGAAACAAAUCCCUGUGACUUUGCACAAGUCCACUGAGCUGGUUUUCAAUGAUGUACCUGCCUACGGACCAAGGAUCGCGAGGCUCAACAUACGUUUUGUGCUUGAGCUCAGCCUGCUGGAUGUCAGACCAACAUCUGCCAUGACAAACUACGAAGAGCUAAUGAUGAAAUUGCCUGUACCUUUACAACCAGUGACGCUGUCCUCUGUGGUAAAAGAAAAACUCACCGACGGUGUAAUAGUGACAAGUGGAGCUGUCAAUGCAUUGAUGACGCGGCUUUUGUCUGCUCAAUUUGUUCGGGGCAUUGUCAGAAUUAUUCGACACGUUGACUCGCAGAAGAAGCAAUUUGAUGAAGGAAUAGCCGCUGAUAUUGAAAAUGGUCUUCGAAACAUAGAGCUUUGCGCAGUAGAAAGCCUUAAAACCUCACUCUUUCACAACGGUCAACUCAUUCCCGGAAGUAAGGAUUAUGUACCAUAUCUUCAAGAGAAAGUUGUGGAGUCUGGCAAGGAAAAGUUGAAGGUGUAUUUGAAUUCUAUAACAGGAAUGAGCGACGCUAUUUCGGCUACGUCCCAGGUAAUUGAAGAGAUUUAUGGUGAGCGUCUGGGAAAGAAAAUGGUACUAAUUCCUGAGAUGCUGCGUUGUCCGCUUGGUGACAUAUGGCUUCUACUGAACAGUAGGCGCAUUCGACGAGAUGACACUUAUGAUGGAUCAGAAAUAGGCAUUUAUGCAGAGCCAGGUGGCUUCAUUCCAAUCGAGGAGCAUCAUCUGCUGAAUGACGCCUUUUUGGAAUUUGAACCUGGGGAAUAUGUAGGUUAUCAGCUGCAUGACCCGAGUCUUCAACUUGGGGAAGGAGUCGCCACGUACAUCUACGCUAUUAUUAUCAAGGAGGUCGAAGUGAUCGAUGAAGAUGCCAUUCUCUUGACAAAGAUGUACCAAAUCAACAUCGGAUUCGACAGAGAACCAAUUGAGGUCAAUGCUGCCGUCUUGUACAAAUUCCACCGUAUACAAGAUAUAUCUGAACGGGAGAAAGAACGCCCCAGAAAUAGAAACAGAGAGGUGAUUUUUCAAGAGAUUUCAGGGCAACUGAAGGAUGCAUGGAGACUACCAGAAGAACAAAAACGACAAAUCGUGAAGCGGCUAAUUCUACGUUGGCAUCCAGAGAAGAACUUGGGAGAUGAAGAAUUCUGCUCAGAGGCGUUUGAGCACAUCAAGAAUACAAUCUCGCAACUGGGUGGCUCUUACGACGACUAUAUUGAUGCUUGGGUAACACGUGCAAUAGAACAUGGCACACGGCGUGAGGAGUACAGAGAAAGACUCGCCAAUUCGGACAGGUCCUGGGAAUCGUCAUCAUGUCACAUGCCUCCAAGGUUCUGCAUUAGAAAUCCUCAGCCUGAAGAGGCUAAGCGUUGGUUCAGACAGGCGGAAGCUGACCUUGCAGCCGGUGCAAAUGAAAUUGAUUCCAGCAGGCCUUCUUAUGAGUGGGCAUGCUUUAAAUGCCAUCAGGCAGCAGAGAAGGCAUUAAAGGCGGCUCAGUACAUGAUACAUGCUGACAAGACUAGUGAUCACAACUUGGUUCAGAAUUGCAGUGGUUUGAAUGAUUCCGAGUUAAUCAGCUUUGCCAGCGGUUUGGAGACACUUGUUGUUCGUUCGGCUCGCAUGCGUUAUCCAGAUCAGGUGUCCUUCCCCAAGAUCCCAAACGAAGUUUACUCGGCCCAGAUGGCUGACCAGGCAUUCCAGCUUUCAGAGAAUAUCUUGAUGCGGGUCAAAGACAGAAUACCCUAAGGGUGUGGCAAGUGUUUGGACUGAGAAUGUGCAACGAUUGAUGCAUUUCAGAUGUUACUGCCAAAGUUCCUAUGCACGUGUUCAUCAGUAGCUGUACAUUUAAUUGAACAAUUCAGUUUUCAAAACGUCAAGUAAUGUAUGUAGAGUGAUCCAUGUUUCAAGAAGUGCUGAUGGGGAAACAUCCAAACCCGUGCAUGUUCUCUAGCGUAGAGUUUACGGUUCUAGUACGUGUCCUUCUAUUACUUCUUAAAUCUGUAAAAACCUUCGCUCUAGGUUUUCAAAUAUUAGCCAAAGUGUAAAGACAUGACUCCAGUCAAUAUUAUUACAAUACAUAGCUUUCUUUCAUAGAGAGGAGCAUAGCUUAGCUUCAGAUAUUUUGUAACGGUAAAGAGAACAAAGAAAGCUUGCCUUUAACAGACCUUGUGUCAAUGCAGGCAAAUAGGAGACGUUCCCAUAUUGACAGUGGCAUCGGGGAAAUACUACAGUUUGUUAGUUGUUGCAUUUUGUUUUUCUUUUCGUUCUUUUUUUUUUUUCAAGCUUGUUCGCCAGCAAGAAGGCGCAGUUUUGAACGUGUUCUUGGGCAUCCUUUGAAUCACAGACCUUUAGCAAGCCUUUAGCAUUCUUAGUAGCUGGAUUGUAUUCUUAAUUUCAAGUCAGUUACAAAUUGAAAGUUCUUCCUGGUUUAAAACACGAGUCUUUUGCUAUUUGUUAGUAGGAUAUAAAGAGUAAUUAAUAUUUCAGAAUACAUGGAAUAAAAUGUAAAUGCAAAAGUUACAGAAUUAAGGCACAUGCUCAAAAUACAUACCAGUCAAACAGAGGAAACGGUAGUUAAAAAUUAGAGAGAGGUACGCCACAGAACAUGGUAUAAUUUUUGAAUUUUAAAGUAGAAAUAGCUUUUAUGUUAGUGGAUGUUUCGGAGAUCCGCAUAGUUUCUUUUUCGUUUUUGAGUGGUGUUGUAAUCAUUUUAUCGCUAUGUCGUUAAAAUACAGGGCAAAGUUAAUUCGAUGACUUUGAUGCUUCCAAGUUAGUGAACACCAUUUAGGCUAUUUUUAGAACAAGGAAACUGUGUAGCCUGUAGUAAAAGUUCGGAUUGUUUAAAUCAUUUUUUCCUACAAAAAGGUUUUUUUACUAAAAGGUUGUGUUUUUGUAGUUUAAAAAGUGAAGUCCUAAUUCCUGUUAGUAAUUAAUACUAUUAAUACUAAAAGCUCGAUAGCAUUUAACGAUUGCAGAGAUGGGUACAUUGAAAUAGGCCUAAUUAGUUGGUUGGUUGUUACAGCAACGCAGGCAAAAAAAACCCCAAUAAAACCAUGACUUUA